AUUUGAUUUUCGUCCCUCUCGUUCUCGGUGUUGUUGUUCUCGGUGACGCGACGGAGGUGUAGCCUGACGCGGUCUCUUACGUGUCGGCCUGAAUAAAAGUGGAGCUCCGAGGGCCCGGGAGUGACCGAGGGAGUCUGUUUCGCUAAGUCGAUGACCAUGGAGUCGGGAGCAGAGGUUCAUCAGGGAGGAGACACAGUAGUGUCAGAGACAGACAGCCAACAGAUCUCCCAGGCACAGAUAGCCACCCUGGCACAGCAGGAUUAUGUUUAUGCUUUGCAGGUUUCCAUGGCAGCAGGUCACGCCACAUCCAGCGGUCCUACAGUCACCCUGGUGCAGCUGCCCAAUGGCCAGACGGUCCAGGUUCACGGCGUCAUCCAGGCCGCUCAGCCCUCUGUCAUACAGUCACCACAGGUCCAGACUGUUCAGAUCUCCACCCUAGCAGAGAGUGAAGACUCUCAGGAGUCAGUGGACAGUGUGACUGACUCUCAGAAACGCAGAGAGAUCCUCUCACGACGCCCCUCAUAUAGGAAGAUCCUGAAUGACCUGUCAUCAGGUGACACCCCAGGGGUUCCCAGGAUCGAGGAAGAGAAGUCGGAGGAGGACACAGCGCCCGCCAUCACCACGGUUACCAUGCCCACAUCAUGCCCCAUCUACCAGACCAGCAGUGGCCAGUACAUCGCCAUCACCCAGGGCGGGGCAAUCCAGCUGGCCAAUAACGGAACAGACGGGAUCCAGGGACUGCAGACCCUGACUAUGACCAACGCUGCGGGCGCCCAGCAGGGCACCACCAUCCUGCAGUACGCUCAGACCUCAGACGGCCAGCAGAUCCUGGUGCCAAGCAACCAGGUGGUAGUGCAAGCUGCGUCAGGAGAUGUGCAGGCCUACCAGAUCCGCACGGCCCCCACUAGCACCAUCGCCCCUGGGGUGGUCAUGGCCUCCUCCCCUGCCCUGUCUGGCCAGGGGGGCCCAGAGGUAGAAGUUACCCGCAAGAGAGAGGUCAGACUCAUGAAGAACAGAGAGGCGGCCCGCGAGUGUCGCAGGAAGAAGAAGGAGUAUGUCAAGUGUCUUGAGAACCGCGUGGCCGUGCUGGAAAACCAGAACAAAACCCUCAUAGAGGAACUGAAAGCACUUAAAGACCUGUACUGCCAUAAAUCUGAGUAGCUUCAAAAUAACCCAUCCUAGCCCAACUGUCACUCCCUAUUCAGCGGGCAUCAGACUGCCCACUGACCUGUACAGAGACUCUGCCAAGCAUUGGCCUACGGGCAUGACCCAUGACAUCUGAAGCAAGAGGAUGUGAGAGAGAAGACAGAAUGAAAAUGGAUUGAUGGACGGGAGAUCAGUGAUGGACAGUGCUUUGUGGGAAUUGUAGUAAACAUGACCACUUUGGCCCAUACGUCCCCCAAUCUCCCAUCCACCAAUCCAUUUUCACCCUGUCUUCUCUCUCACAUCCUCUUGCUUCCACUCCUUCUUCUCCCGCUCACUUGUUAUCCACCUUUUCAUCUUUCUUUGCCUCUCCCAACUUCUCUCAAUGUUAUCCCACCGCGGAACUGAAAGGAUGAGGAUUCAUUUGUCAGUUGUGGUUCCAGGGAUAACGUGGUGAAACAUAACACUAACUCUUUUACACUAUUCAAGCUUCUUGUUUGGGGUUUGAAUACUGGGAAGAGAAGUCACAGACUUCUGACAUAGUCAUUUGUUAUUAACCCAAAGCCUCGUAUGUCUUCACUAACAAUGGUUAGCCAAUCAAACCAUAGGGUUAGUGUCUGAAUGUCCAAUCAGCUCAAGAGGAAGUCAAGACAAGGAAGUCAAGGUAGCCUCCAGAACCCUGGCAUUGGAGUCAGUUAAGACAUUGUAGAUUUCCCUGGGCCCGGUUUCCCAAAAGCAUCUUAAGGCUAAGUUCAUCGUUAGAACAUUUGUAGGAGCCUCGUUAAAUCUCGUUAUUAACAUUGCACUUGAAAGCGCUCGUAAUCUAAUGCAUGCUUCAGACCACUCGUAGAACAGCCGUACGUCGUUAGAUGCUUUUUUGCCCUCCUUUAUGUACAGAAGAUCUCCGCUAAACAUCACAUGGUUUAUCCGUCUCUCUGUGUCCGAUGAUAACUUCAGAACAAUGUUGACUACAAAUGCAAAGGUGCCAAUGUCUUUGUAAUUGAUACAAACAAGCAACGUAUAAAAAUAUGCUUCAAAUGAAAACCGAGAUGACUGCAUUAAAAUAUAAACAGUAGGAUGUAGGCCUAUUUCAGUCCUAUUGAAAUACAUACCAUGUUCAAUCAAUUGAGUUCUAUUUUGCUACUUGUAGGCUACUGUUUGUAAUUUGUCUCAAUACAUUUCAUGAUGUGUAGCCUAACGUGCUUAAUGAUGUGCCAAAUCUUUGAUUUAGUGGGUAAGCAUUAGACUAAGGCGCCUCAAUAUUUGCAUCCAUGGGUGGUAAUAUCCGUAGCCGCGGGAAGUAAGGGUGCUGCAUCACCCCCUCAUAAAUCACAAUAAACCAAAUUAGUGCACUAGGCCUUUGAAUAAACCAAAUUGGUGCACUAGGCCUUUAUUACCCCUGUAUGAGCGGGGAGAAAAAUACUCAUCCGCAGAGCGGGGAAAAGCCCCCCAACUCGCCCGUCGACAAAAAAAUUCAGCGCCCCCACCCCAAAACAACUUCCUGCGGCCAUGGUAAUAUCACUCUAGGAGCUGAUCUGUCGUCAGUAUUGUGAAAUAAUUAUAAUGUUGAGGAAAGUUCCCUUUCUUUCAAUCCUAUUAGUAUCAACACAUGAUCAAACAACGCUCUUAAGCGAGCGUUCUCUCUGUGUGGUGUUUUGGGAAACUCAUGUUACAUCUUUGGGAAAGAUACAUUGUUAAAACACGCCUAAAUUCCAUCGCUAUCAGGAAACCGGGCCCUGCUCAGUAGAUCAUAUGAGAUCAGAUUAUGUUAUUUUCUAGAUCUCAGUGCUUAGGUUAAACCUCCAUAAUCAGUAUAACCCAUCAACUCGGAUUCAUCUUCCAUUUCAAGUGUCUUGGGUAUUUUCUGUAUUUCGUUACAUUUUGAUAUCUGAGAUUUGAGCUACUUUUGUUACGCUCUAAAGAUUUGGACUGUUGCUAGGUGGUGGUGGAAUAUGGAUCCCAUAUAACUACUGAAGAAAACAGAUUCAUGUCUGAAUACUGGAAAAAGUUGUCAGUACACACUACAUAUGGUUAAUGUGUUAAUGGCAAUUAUCUGAGAUUAAAUUCACCUAAGUAAAUCUUGUUGGAAUAGAUACAUUUGUAAUCUCCGGCAUACACAUAUUUAUGGUGAGUGUACUACUGUACAUACAUUCAGUACAUACAUUACUGUUCAAACGUUUGGGGUCACUUAGAAAUGUCCUUGUUUAAAAAAAAAUAAAAGGCACGUUUUCUGGGGCCAUGAAAAGAACAUCAAAUUGAUCAGAAACACAGUGUAGGCAUUGUUAAUGUUGUAAAUUACUAUUGUAGCUGGAAACGGCAGAUUUUUUUAUGAAUUUUCUACAUAGGUGUACAGAGGCCUGUUUUAAAAGGCUAAUUGAUCAUUCUAGGCAAGAGUUCCUCUGUCCAGUGCCUGUGUUCUUUUGCCCAUUGGCCAGUCUGAGAUAUGGCUUUUUCUUUGCAACUCUGCCUAGGCCAGCAUCCCGGAUUCGCCUCUUCACUGUUGACAUUGAGACUGGUGUUUUGCGGUUACUAUUUAAUGAAGCUGCCAGUUGAGGACUUGUGAGGCAUCUGUUUCUCAAACUCUACACUCUAAUGUACUUGUCCUCUUGCUCAUUUGUGCACCGGGGCCUCCCACUCCUUUUCCCAUUCUGGUUAGAGCCAGUUUGCGCUGUUCUGUGAAGGGAGUAGUACACAGCGUUGUACGAGAUCUUCAGUUUCUUGGCAAUUUCUCGCAUGGAAUAGCCUUUAUUUCUCAGAACAAGAAUAAGACUGACGAGUUUCAGAAGAAAGUUAUUUGAUUCUGGCCAUUUUGAGCCUGUAAUCAAACCCACAAAUGCUGAUGCUCCAGAUACUCGACUAGUUUAAUCAGGACACCAGUUUUCAGCUGUGCUAACAUAAUUGCAAAAGGGUUUUCUAAUGAUCAAUUAGCCUUUUAAAAUGAUAAACUUGGAUUAGCUAACACAACGUGCCAUUGGAACACAGGAGUGAUAGUUGCUGAUAAUGGGCCUCUGUACGCCUAUGUAGAUAUUCCAUAAAAAAUCUGCCGUUUCCAGCUACAAUAGUCAUUUACAACAUUGACAAUGUCUACACUGUAUUUCUGAUCAAUUUGAUGUUAUUUUAAUGGGCAAAACAUUUGCUUUUCUUUCAAAAACAAGGAAAUUUCUAAGUGACCCCAAACUUUUGAACGGUAGUGUAUACGAUUACAUUAACAUUUCGUUAGUAGGUUUAUGUAGGACUUGGGAUCAAUCUUCCAACAUCACAGACAUAGAUACUUUAUAUUCUGUUUAUGAUAGGAUAAAGUAGUACCAUAUUGUAUUACAUAUUGAUUAUUUUUCUUUUGAUAUAAUUACUGUACAUGGAGCCUACAGCAUGUGUAGAUUUUACUAUGAUAUUUCUAUUGAUUUGAUAAGAAAAUUGUUAUGCAUAAUAUGAAACCAAUAUAGAUUAACAUAUUUGUAUCAUAUACUGCAGCACAUAAAAAAAUAUAAAAAUAUAUAAUGUUUAUUCCUUUAGCUUACCAGGCCUAUUACAAUGUCGGCAGCUAUUUAAGAAAAAGGCCUUUUUUAAACUCACCAUGCUUUGUGGUGCUCUGCUCAUCUUCUUUUGAGACAGGCGAGUGAACAGCCUGUUGGAAGCUAUUACGACCCAUAAGACAUAUUAGUUCAAUUAGUCCUCUGGGUUUCAUUAAGCUGUAAAUGGCUAAGAAAUAAAUGUGAUUCUGCCGGCCACACCACUCAUCUGUACAGAGGACUGAGAGCCCUAAGUGGUUGUAAAAGCCUCUUGCGAAUGUUGUAACAUGCUUACUAUAAAUGCAUUUCAUCACAGAGCACCCCCCCCCCCCGCCGUAGCCCACCUAGGAAGCAACACCAUCAUGCAACGAAAGCUUCUUUUCUUUCUGUUAGAUAUUAUGUCAUAUGUAAUGUCACGGUACAGUAAAUGCAUUUCAUCACAGAGCACCGCCCCCCCCCGCCACCCGCCUAGGAAGCAACACCAUCAUGCAACGAAAGCUUAUUUUCUUUCUGUUAGAUAUUAUGUCAUAUGUAAUGUCACGGUACAGUAAAUGCAUUUCUUCCUACAUUUUCUGCCUUUGUUUGUACUUUAUAAAUAAGAAUUCAUUUUAGACACUAGAAUAUUCCUGAAUUGAAUGUGAAAUAAAUACAUGGUUCAGCCAACUCCAAACCUGUAAUAUCUUUUAAAAAAACUAAGAUUAUUUGUGGAAAUAAUCAGCACCAAAAUCCUAGUUUUGUAUUCAGGAGGACGCAUCAGCAAUCUAAAUAUAUUGAUCCUGGGUGAACCAUGAAAAACAAAUCAACACAUUGGAAUUGGAAUGUAUCUUCAGUGUGAAUACCCAGAUUCAUCUCAUGCACAUCAAACAUAACAACGCAUAACUUCUUGAGUUUUCUGUUAGGAUGGGGGUAGUUUGUUAAUGGUUAUCAUUUUACUGUGUUUGUACGUUGAGAUUCAGUAAAUCCAGUGUCACUCUGCUUGCUUUAUUUUUCUACAUUAAAAGACUGUUUAUAAUGUACAGCAUUCAUCAUAUUAUGUGAAUGGUAUUGUAAAAAGAAAAGUGGGUUGGGUUCGUGUGAAAUGGUCACAGAAAGUAAUGUUUCUGAUUAUCAUUGUGCAAGGGUAGCACCGUAAUUUUGUUCUUCUGUUGCUUGCAAAAGGCAAAGCCAUCUUUUGAGUCGUAUGAAUCAUUACCUUGUCCUGGCCUUACUCUUUCAGUUUUUACAGACGCUUUGACAAGUCAUUUGUGAGGCUGAAUCCAAGCAUGACAAAUUGCAGAGGUAAUCUCUUAGCAGAGCUUUUUCAGGGUAGAUUAUGGAUUCAUGCUGAAGGGAUAUAAUUUGACACAGCACACCUUGAGUUUCAGCUUUGCCAGCUCUGUAAAACUCAUUAUUUUAUGACUGGAGCAGAACUGAGCAGAGCAGGUCAAUGGCGCUUACAAAACAGUAGGUGAGGUUUGCUUGAACAGAAGAAUUCAUCUUGAAUUAAUCUUGACAAAAUACCAGUGAAGAUACCAAGAGGUAAACUUGCCUAUAGGCUUUUGUAUUUAGCAUUUAAUUCAAUUUAAGUAGCUGAAUGAACAAAAAAAAUAUCAAUAGCCUACAGUGGUUUGGUUUCUGUACCAUUUUGAGGUACACAACCUGGCUUUACUUCCUGCAUGAACAGCCUGUCAUAGUGGAACUUUGAACAAUAACCUUUUUCUAAACUUUUGUGCCCUGUUUGAAUAUUGCCAAUUUUACAAAUUGUAAUCUUUAAAUACCAUUUAUUGUACAUAAUGUAAUCCUGUUAAGGGAGGUUUUAUUGUGUUCCAGUUGUGUAUCUGUCCAUUGUAUAUACUGUCUGUGAACAGCAUUAAACUAAAGCGCCUAACGAUCCACACUUUAGACAGAUACAAAGUCGCGGGAAUAGGGGUGCUGUCCUCUGAUCAAUAAAGAAAUAAACAAUUAAUCUAAUUAGUGCACUAGGCCUGUAUUACUCCUGUAGAAGUGGAGCGAAGCAAAGUACUUGUCAGCAGACAAAAAAUCUAGGAAAAAUGUCAGCACCCCCACCCCGAAACAUCUUUCCACAGCCAUAGAUUUUGAAAGCGCUAUGUGACACAUUGUACCACUCUUUUGUAAACAUUUAUGCCACAAUAAAUUGCAUUCAAAGUG